CCUUCAUUGAGCAACCAACCUUCUGCCCAACUCGACCUGCUUGUCAAGGUCAGAUCUUGCUCGCCGGCCUCUCCCGGUCGCUCCCAUCCUCAUUAGACAGAAUGUGCAGAGAGCUGAAGUCCCGCUCGCCACGCCGCGGCCGCUGCCUGCCUGUCACGGCCACGUCGCCCACACACAGCCGGCUUCCUUUCACUUGAGGCGAGUCACACCUCCACCACACCACCCACCACACACAACACAUGAUGGAACAGACCUGUCGAGGCAUGCCCACCCCGCCCCUCCCCACCUCACGUAGAUGUCUUGUUGGGGCUGUUGCUGCUGGUGUUGCUGGUCGAGCGACCUCCUGACUUGGCGGACGAACGCGCAGCUCUGUGGAUGGUUCGGCCGGUAGGGGUGGAGGGUGGCCUCGUAGCCUUUCCUUGAUGCACAUGCAGAUGAAGAUGAAGGUGAAGAGGAAGAUGCGCAUGGUGGCGGAAGCGAUGGCGACGGACGGGGCGGCAUGGAGGGGGACGGGCACGACCUGUGGCCACUGGUGCUGCUUCUGCUGUUGCUGCUGCUGCUGGUCUGCGUCGGUUCCUCGAGCUCGAUUGUGUCGAGGACCUCCUCGAGGAGGUCUGAGGCCUCGCCCUGGAAGAGGGGGGCGGGGGACAGCAGCGACUCGGACAAAUGGACGCUGCUGCUGAAGAGCUCACUGAUGCUGAAAUGAAGACACACCAGGACAGACAGACAGUGAGCAUGCAUCCGUCGUGCCUUGACUCCCAGGACUACACCUCACCUCGCCUCGUCUCCCCCGCUGCCCAGCGACCCGUCGCCAUCAUCACUCCCAUCGCUACCCUCCCCAUCUCCCACACCAUCAAGCGCGUCGCGGCUUCCCCUCUUGGUGUGCAUGGGUGUGGCGUAUGCACUGUCCGGCCGCUGUGAUGGCAGCAGGGGCGGGGUGGCCAGUGUGCUGAUGAGCGAGGGGCUGUCGGCCAGGGAGGUCCAGGGGGAGUCGUCAUGGUCACCCUGACGGCCCUCGGUUGGUGUGUCUAGGUCGAUUUCUUCUUCUGCCUCCUCUGCAGAUGAGCUUCCGGCCUCCUCUGUCCGCUGUAUGGCGCUCUCCCACUCGUCGUUGCCAUCCUCCUCAUUCUCAGAUACUGACAGGCAGUCAGGCAAUCACACUAAAGAAUGAAUUGGUCUCGGACGUCUUCCGGUGUGUACUCACUGGUCUCUUCUGAUUCGCCGUGCAGUGGUGAUGGCGGGGGGAAGGAGGACGGCCGCCAGUGAGCACGGUAGCGGUCCACGCGACAGACUGAGUCGGCACCAGACGACGCCACAGCAACCUGAUUGACGCACACACAACCAUCAAUAUCUGUGCUGAUCCUGAUCGGCCCAUGGCCUCCACCUGACCUGCAGUGUGUGGAGGCGAGUGAGUGAGCCCAGGAGCUGCCUCUGUAUGGCCUGGUGUGCCUUGAGGAGGUCCAGGUACUCGUCCCUCACGGCAGCUAUCUCCGCCUCCACAUCAGCGAGGGGCGAGAGGGGCGGCAGCGGGAAGUGCCGCGGGGACGGGCUGCGGGUGGAGGUGCGCUGACACACACACACACACACGCACACAAACAUCCAGACAACCAGCUCAUAUGACGAGUCUGUCAACACCUCAUCCGAAGGAACGGACCUCUCUGGCCUUCCGCCUAUCCCUAUGAUGGGUCUUGUCCCUGGACCGCCCGCUGACCGACGUGCUCCGCCGCCUGUGGCUGUCCCUGCUCCUGCUGCUAGUGUGGGUGGCGGAGGGCGAACAAUGGCCACCGUUGCCGCCCACAUCCCUCUCCCUCUCUGGCUCCCUGGCGAUGCUGUUGCUGUGUGUUCGUCUGGUGCGGGACGACUGGGAGGCGUGUGGGUGGCGCCUGCCGGGCGGACAGGGGGGUGGAAAGGCCGGCGAGGGCGGCAGCAUCCCUCGCAGUGGGUCAGUCAGUCAGUCACCUGCGGGCAGACAGACAAGAAACAGGCGCACACCACACAUGAGAGUGUCAGUGCACUCAUACGUCUGAAGUCUGGCGGGCCCCAACGGCUGGGGCAGCUGUGCUGUAUCAGGCUGCCUCCUCCUGACUCACUCCCGCACUCAAUUCACGCCUCUCUUGCUGUCUUCCCUUCACACGUCGCAGCAGAGCACCCAACCACACGUGUCACCAAGAGUGUCCGGGCUGGUCUGUACUGAGCUGCUUGGGUUCAAAUCUGCGGCCUUUCUCCGCUGCACUCACUGCCAUAUCUGCCCCGAUCUGCCUUGCUGAGCUCGUCUGAUCCCAUCCUUACCUUGUUGUUCCGGUGCGGUCGGCUCGGAGCGGCAAAGUCGCCCGCAAUUGCUGGUCAGUGGAUGUGUUCAGUGCGAAGCGUGACA